UCCACAGUCACUAGCAUUUGGCUUGUCAUUCAUGAUUCUUCAGAACGAGAUCUAGAUCUAGACUAGACUUUUAGAAUCUAAGACUCUAAUCUAAUAUAUUUAUUCUAUGUCUCGAUCUACUACAUCUAGAUCUACACUACCCUAGAUUUGGAAUAGUUGUAAAAGUCACACAGCUUGUUUCAUCAGGGGGGGAAAAGAAUGUCAGCAGUUCAAAGUUCAUAGUUGCUUUAGUCAUUAGUCAAUAAUUUGCUUCUAUCUGAUUUCCGUCCUAUUUAACUUUGUGAUAUUUCUACAAGAAUGUAUCAGUUUGAGGCACCCAGCGGAUGUAAAACAACCAAUUCACUCAUUGCUCUGGUUCCAGAACUAGGCAAUGCCAAUGUACAUAUAAAAAAUCAAAAAUUUGUAGAACAAGCCAUAAGAACAAUGAUGAAAGAUGCCCACCACAAACUUCAGGUGGUUGCAGACUUUGACUGGACACUAACCACACACUCAAAAAAUGGAAAAACUUGCAGCACGACCCACAGUGUACUGGAAGAGAGCCCAGUAAUGCCAGACUAUUUCAAAGUUGAGGCCACGAAGCUAAAAGAUCAUUACCUUCCCAUAGAAUUCGAUCACAGCCUAACUAUUGAAGAAAAAAUACCAAAGAUGAUUGAAUGGUGGACCAAAGGUCAUGAACUAUUAGUUUCCUGUAAGCUGUCCAGGGAAGCUCUGACAAACAUCGUAGCUAACUCGAAUGCUCGCUUAAGAGAUGGUUGCAAAGAUUUUUUUGAUGAGCUGCACAACCUGGACAUCCCGAUUUUGAUCUUCUCUGCUGGUAUUGGAGACAUCAUCCAUCUCGCCAUCACUCAGCAGGCAAACUUCUACCGUGAAAACAUGAAGAUUGUUUCCAAUUUUCUCAAAUUUGAUGAACAGGGUGUGAUAGUUGGCUUUGAGAAUGAGCUGAUCCAUACUUUCAACAAGAAUGAGAAUGCUAUUCACUCCAGUGAUUACUUCUUCAACAUCAGGCACAGGGAGAACCUCCUGCUGAUGGGGGACUCCAUUGGUGACCUCCGCAUGGCUGAAGGUGCUGAUCAUGUACUGUGCAUGCUGAAGAUUGGCUUUCUCAACUUCAAGGUUGCCGAGAACCUUGACCACUACAUGGACAAAUUUGACAUUGUCAUUGUUGAAGAUGAAUCAUUAAAAGUAGUCAACAGUUUGAUGAAAACUAUACUUGGUGCUUGAUUAGAGAUCAUAAUUUAUAAUUAGGUUUUAUAUUUAUAUGUCUGCCACAACAACUGCCAUUUGUUUUUAGCCCUUGACUUGUAUUGUCUCAGUUAGUAUAAAUAAUUUUUUUUGGGGUGAUAUAUUUGAUUAAUCAGAAAAUAUCAUUUAUACACUCUUUAAUGGUUUGGAAAAAAAAUUUGUGCAUAUAUAUUGCUGUGAAAUGGCUGAUGGUCUAACUAAUAAUUUUUUUUCUCCACACAAUUGUUUUUUUGUUUGUUUGUUUUUUUAGUUAGUUUAGAAAAUAAUUAACAUUUUCAGUAAAUUAAAUAAAAAAUUGAAUUUUUUUUUUUUUUAACAAUUUCUGUCCAUAGUCAACAAAUUUUUAAUAUAUAUAUUUUUUUUGUUCAGCAAGUUAAGUUGAGAAAAGUUGGCAUUAGUCUGUUUGAAUUUAUAUCAGAUAGAUGUCUAAUUUCUGUUUGCCCGGCUCUGUUGGAAGAAGUGAGCUGGAAUAAAUAGUGCUCUAGUAAAUGUGCUGGCCUCUAGAUCUCCUCAUCAACAUACUGAAACUCUAUUUUAAAAACAAUGACAUUGCUUGUGCAUCUUUGAAUAAGGAUGUAGUGGUUACCUACUAUUGUUGUAUAGUAAUGAUACUUAAAUCAUGGCCCGUGGGCCAUUUCUGGCUCCUUGUCUAUGUCUAUAGAAAUGUUUAUUUCCACCAGGCUAAAGAUGGUUGGGCAUCACAGGUGUACAUGACUAUACCGGUAUCAGAACUAGUGACUUCAUGGGUUUAGACUAUAGAAAACAUCAUUAAGAACAUAUAAUAAAGUUUAUUCCUAAAAUUUCUAACAUUGUUUUUGAGGAAUGUAAAUGUGUGAAAUUAGUCACUUUUUUUAGUGUAAUUAUAUACAAACUAAAUUCUUAUUUUUCAAUGGGCGCCUGAUAUUUAUUAUUGAUCAAGUAUGUAACAAGUUUAUUAUAAAAAAAGUUAUAUUGAUACAAUUUAAUCCUAGUGUACUAUCAAUGCCAGGGGGUAGGGUUUGCAAAAAAUACUAUGCAAAUGUGUAGCCUAGUCAGAACGUCUCCUUUAAGUUUAACAACAAUAUACCAAAUACCGGUAUUAAUAGUAGGUUAAAUGAAAAGAUGCCAAAAUCCUUUUGGUUAUAGUUGAAAGAAUCUACAAUUAGAUUCUGUCUGUUGUUGUUUUUUUUUCACGUUUCCUGACAUGAAGCAAAGAUCAAGUUUGUUUUAAACUGAAGUAUUUGUAUUUUUAUUUUUUUUUGUGGGGCUCAGAGUUUUCGACAUCAUUAUGUAACACUGAGAAGAGGGGCACAUUGAAAUGCAACCAAUUACACUCUGGCCACAUUUUAGCUUUGUGUGUGCAAUAUUUUUUGUUCAAGGGCUAGAGGCUUUAAAAGUUCUAGUCUGAUUACUUUUAUAAAUGCAAGUUAGGAGUCAGGUGGUAUAGGGUAAACCAAUCUAGUGCUAAUCAUAUGUGUAGAUAAUCUAUUAAUCUGUUCUUCUUACUUAAUAACUUGAGUCAAAUGUGGUGCUAGUGUCUCCCCUUGGCUGAAUUCAUUUAAUUUUUAGCUUUUAUUAUUUGAUUUCAAUCUACUGACACUUAUCUAAUACUCAAUGGCAUUUUACUUUGAUUUUGCUUCUUGUAAAUUCUUUGUAUAUAUUUUUUAAAUAUUUCACUAUAGUUUUUUUUUUUUUUAAUCUUUAAACAUUUUAAUGAAUAGAUUUGCAGGCUGUUAUGUAAUAUCAUUAGGCAAGUCUAAAGAAUAUACAUUUAUAUUGACAGUAAUGUCUAAAGUUGACUGUAAACACUUUGAAUGCAUAUAUUACUACAUGAAGUGAGUACUACUAAUGUACGCUGGAUAAAAACAAACUAUUGCUUGAUACAUUACUCAGUUUUAACUAGUGUAAAGAUAGUCUGCUGUUACAAGAUGUCUGGAUUUAGGAGUACUCUCAUAGUGAACGGAGAUGUUGAUUUUUAUACUAUCGCUGCCUUUGACCCUCUUUAUUUUAUCUCUUCAAACCGCUGUCCUUUUAUUUUGCACCUUUAUAAAAGUACCAUCAUUUGAAGCUGACAAUCUCAGAUGUGAAAAUUGAAAUAAAAUUACGUUUUAUACCA